AUGCUCAAAUUGAGUCAAGGGUCCCGUACAGUACUGGAAUAUGCCCAAGAAUUCCAGUCCCUGGCGUGCAAAGCACGGGACAAAAAUCCAAAGCCAAAAAAAAAAAAAAAAAAAAGGAGCAACGGUGAAGAGAUCCAUUUUCUGACAAUAGUUAAGGAUGCAUUGAAUAUGAGUAGAAAUGGAGAUGUGAAUCUCAGAAUAGAAUGUAGGGAUGAAGGCAAGGCUUAUUGGUGUGAAUAUACUAGAAAGCCCUUGAUUUGUCAUCCUUUUAAUAACAAUCGUAGGAUUUACUGGAAUCAGAUUACCCUAGAAUUGUGGGAAUGGACCAAUGCCUGCUAUUCCAAUCACGUUCUGAAGCCCUCAGUCUGUCCGAAGGCUGCUCCUGAAGCUCAUAUGAACCAAAUGGUUUCUAGCAUAAAGUCAAGUCCUAGCCAACCAGCAGGUAUAGCAAACCAGCCCAAUGGGAAAUGGUUUCCUAAAAAAGUGGGGAAACUCAAACCAUCUCCUCGACUUCGUAUAAAACUAACCCAACAAGGUCUAGUGUCUAGAAAUGAUUCUGAAGGAAUGAAAUUGGCUCAGAAGCACUUCUGGGAGACACUGCAUAACCUUUGUUCCUACAUCAUCAGCAUCUUCUGA